CACAUUUCCAAGCCCGAUGCCUCCAUGGGUGGCCUCUGCGCCGCGAUUGACGUCGCUGACCAAAGGACGAGCGAUUGAACCCCUCCCCGCUGUCCUUCGUUGCAGCCAUGCAACACCACGCUCAUUGAAUCUCCGGGUCCGCUCCGCAUCAACACACGUUUCGCCCACGGCCAUAAACCUGCGCCCCAACAUCCCGCCACGGAACAAGGAGCUGUACAAUGCGCUGUCCGCACUCAGCGGCGCAGCAGAGACUUAUGUCAACAUAAGUAGACUGCAAUUGGCACUCAGUGGGCUGGCGGCGCAAGAUGCUGUUACGCGAGUUGCUGUACUCGGCCUGAACAGCCAAGUUAGCGCCCAGCGACUUGCGCGCCUUCUUCUUGCGGAUCCACUAGGCAACGAGGAAGGAUGGGAGAAAGAGCUUGAGAAAGCUGGGGAUGGCAACGAGAGAGCUGUGCUGCUGAAGUUUGGAGAUGAGAACGAUGCGCACCGACCGACGCCGCUAUACAAAGUCCUUUCGGCGCCCUCGAGAGUCCUGCGAGUGCAUAAUUUGGAGGUACUCGUCUCGACGCUGAACGUCAACACAGCGAACAUGCUUACGACGGUCUCGACGGAGAGCUCGGAGGAGUCGGUGCUGAUACCUAAGCUGCAAGCUACUUCAGCGCGAGGAACACCAGUGCCUUACCCAGUGCACAAGACGUUGGUCCUAGGCGAAGGACUCGACAGCGCGUUGGCAUUCGGCAGGUUCUCAUCGGACAGCGCCGCGGACAUGCGCAACAUGGUCAAGGUGGCUGUAGAUCUCCCUGCACCACAGGAAGAGGCGGACACAGAUGCGCAAGCCGAGGGCGCAGUAAUCAACGUCGAAGUCGGCACACAAGCGCUCGCAAGCUUCCGCGAAUCCGUGGCUAAUUCACAAAUUUUCGAGCGCGGUUGGUUCAGAAGCGGCGUACCCACAAUCUCACAAUGGCUCACUGCCGGCAUGCAGCCUACCGAACCGAUCAAGCCCGCUCUGAAAAACCUUGUAACCUCGAUCGUCGACGACGUCGAAACAAAACUUCUCAAGGAAGACACAGCGCGUCUCGCACUCUUCGCAUCGAUACCCACUGACCGCGAGGCCACGGCAGCUAUCACCAACGCAUUAGACAUCUGGGCUGAGAAGAGCCACACAGAACUCCGCGACGAGCUGGACGAAGCCUUCUCUGCACGCAAUUGGCACAAGCUGUCGUGGUGGAAACUCUUCUGGCGUGUCGACGAUGUGACCAUGCUCUCGCAAGAGAUCAUCGAGCGCCGCUGGCUCAUCAGCGCAGAGAAGAGCAGCAUCUUCCUUGCUGGACGGAUGGCACAGGCUGGCUUCCCUGAAGACCUGCCGAAGAUUGUGUUACAAGAUGUUCCGGUGACCACAACGGAAACUGCGCCUACGCUCGACAACCAACCGACCAACCUUUCGACCGAAGUGAGGAGGCCACAACCUUGGUCAGAUAACAUAGCAACGGCGCGUGAGGAGCUGGUAGCCGCGAAUGUACCGCCCCUGCAAGCGCUUGCUCAGCGCCUGAUUCUGCAGACGAUGUCCACGACGUCUCUGUCCAGCGCUCUCAGCGCGCUACUCUACGUCUCCUCGAGCUGCUCUGUGUUCGAGGCAAGCGCCGUGGCUGCGCUUGGUCUAACUUUCUCGCUACGCCGUAUGCAGAAGCUGUGGGAAGGUGCGCGAGAGAGCUGGCAAGGUACUGUCAGGGAGGAGGGCCGUAGAACGCUGAAAUCGACCGAGGACCUGGUCAGACUGAUCAUUCGAUCGAAAGAGCAGGGCAAGGCGCAGGUUGAUGAGGGAGCGGUCGAGAGAAGGCAAGCUAGGGAGGCUGUCAAGGCUGUUAGGGAGGCACUUGCGAACAUGCACAAGCAAGAAGAGCAGCAGAAGUAGAUAUGCAUUGGUGUACGAAUAUUGUAGAAGACGAGAAAUUUGUCUUACUGAAGUCGUAACAUCA